AUGGCCGCAGCUCAGCAACCACAAAACAAGAAAGACGUCGAAUUAUGGUCGCUGUGCAAGAAAUCGGCUCACGAGGCUGUCAGUUUUAACCGGGUGGCAAAUCUGCUUCGUGGUGGUGCAGACGUGAACAUCCGUAGCAACGGAUGGACUGUACUUCUUUGGGUGUGCUGGAAGAACCAAAACGAUUCGUUGGCCAAACUGAUCCGUCUUUUUUUGAUAUAUGGAGCCAAUGCCAACGAUACCGAUGCCAAUGGCAACAGAGCUUUGCAUAUUCUGUGCCGUUUCAAUCAGACACCUAGUUUAAUUCGUUCAAUCAAGGCCCUGACUGACAGCAAAGUGGAUUUGAACGUAACCGACCGCAAACGAUGGGGAGUGUUACAUUAUUUAGCGCGAUUUAACCAGUCAAAAGAAUUAUUGCCAAUCAUGGAAUUGCUUUUGGAAAAUGGAGCGAACGUUCAAGCCACCGACUUAGAAGGUUGGAAUGUUCUUCACUAUCUGGCUCGAUUCUAUCAGGGUACCGAUCUCAUUCAAUUUUUUCACCUGAUGAUUCGUCACAAGAUCAACUUGGAAGCCAGAGAUUUAGAAGGCUGGAACGUCCUUCAUAUUCUGUGUCGCUAUUACAGUCAACGUGGAAAAUUGCUGCCCAUUUUCCAGUUACUCGUCGAGAAUGGUGUUGACAUCCACUGUCAAACUUACAAAAAACUCCACGCAUUAGAACUAAUGCUUUUCAAUCCUUGCGGAGAUUUCCAUUCGGCCUGUACGUGGAUGAUGUCCCAUCGCCAUUCAGACUGGAAAAGUUUAGUGUGGAACGAUGAAUCCGUGUUGAACAUGGCCAAGCUCGGGUGUCAGGAAUGGACGUACUAUUUUAGUGAAAUAAGUUCUUAUCAGUGCCACAGCGAUAAAGGCAAAUCAGCUACGGAUUACCUGAAUGAAGUGUGUUACAAUUCAACAACGUUGUGUCCACAAUGUCAGCCAACAUGGCAAUUCGACAAAUUCUUUGUUUACAACCAAAAUGAAUCCGAAACCAUCUCCAAACCAAUCCGACGGGUGAAAUUCACAAAAUUCGUACCAUCUAUCCAUGAGAAACUCAUGCCUCUUCGGUCUUGCUCGAUAGUAUCGUCAGAACACGACCUGAAACCAGUUCCAGAACCAGAUAAUUGGCGAUGGAUGGCCAGUGCUUGGCAAAAAGAUAAACUCAGUUUGGAUGAAGUGGAAUUUUACCUGAGCGAACAUUCUCACUGGCAGUGCCUUCAUUCUUGCCGUUGGUGCAUCAUCUUUCGCCAUGUUCGCAAGUAUUUGAACAGUCUAAUCGACACCAUACGAGAGCUAGACGACCGUUUCGAAAGCGGGCCACUGAUCGAAUACGGUAGUUGGGCUGAACGAAGUGAUAUCCUUGCGGCUAAUGAAUUUGAUUUCGGUAUUCCGUUGAAACAUUUUUCAGCGCUAGCACAAGAAUCAGGCAGCAGUACAGACGUCGGUGUCGUUUUUGCUAAAGAAAAUGCAGAAGUUGAUGCAUUUUACACCGACUACUUUAUCAGCUCGGGCCGUCUAUUGUUCUAUUACAAAUCGCUUAUCGAAGAAGCUAGCAGUCGAAUAUGGAACGUCCGGUUUUUCCAUCCAGUCGUUUCUCUUUCUGAGACGUGCGUGACGUUGACGUUUGUCUAUCGCGGGCGACGAGAAAAACCGAUGAAAAUCAGUAUCGAUUUGAGUUUGGUUGUUACGUUGACUGGUAUUAACGGUGGUCCCUUUCAAGAUACUGGAGCACCUCAUUUACCCGACGUGUUGUGCAAAUUAAAUGCUCAGCAAAACGAGGUACGAGAGCGACAUUUGGUCCCAUACAGGCGCAAUGAACGAGGUCGAUGGAAAGUGUCGCAUUUCGCUUUAGAACGUGACGUCUUCCUCCAUCAGUCGUGUUUCCCGGAUGUCUCUCGAGUACUCCGUCUCCUUAAAUUCUUCGUUCUGAUGGCUAACCAUCGAAAGAAUCCUCAUCGAGAUGGUGUGGAACAUACCAUCCAACGAAAGACCAGUCCAUCGUCUUAUGCGCUGAAGACCUGUUUGUUUCAUUACAUGAAAAAUUGUCGACCACCUUGGGAUCCAGCUGAUAGAAUAAACCACUGCAUCGGCGUGCUUCAGACGUAUUUAGCACAGGGCCCUCAAAUCAAGUCUUUCUUCGCCAAAAACGUGGCAGCGUGUGAUAUCAGUCACGACAGCAGGUUGAUAGUCAUGGAAAUCUUGACCAAGUUGGAUAUCAUGAAGAAACAGCAAGGCUACAGCCUUUCCUUCGAUCAGGACGUUUCGCUGUGAUUUGUU